AUGAGUUCCACCAAAAAACCAAAAAAAUAUAGGGUUGACGACAAGACGGCGAACGUUUCUCCUCCUUGGCAGGCAUGGUAUCACCCGGAAAAGGAUAAAGCCUUUUAUAGAAAUACAGAAACAAAUCAAUCCAUUUGGGAACAUCCUAGUACCCUGAUAGGAAAGAAACCAUCUCCUCAGAAACCUAGAAAACGACAAAAAGUGGUCAGUAAUGUAGCGGACGAUGAUAGAAUGGUAGUUACCGUCAUUCCUAAAUCAAAAGAAGAUAAACUAAAAAUUCAGGAAGUUGACCUGCCUCCUCCACCAAAACGGAAAACUACAGAAGAUCCAGAAAAAGAAGAUAUAGCACCCAAACGUCCCAAAGUAUCAUCUGCAAGUGUUGAGAAACUUCCGAGGGUUUAUGAAGCUUCCAACUCUGAAUCCAAGAAAAUAACUCCUACUGUUCCGUGGUCUUCGAAGAUUCGUCCUCUGAACCUUAUCCCGUAUCGUGGAUGUGCAAUAUUCGACACAUGCGCUCUCCUCAAAGAUCCAAACGUUUUGAAUGCGUCCGUCGAAAAUAACAUUCUCACAGUCAUUCCUUACAUAGUUCUUAAUGAACUUGACGGGUUGAAGGGUUCAAAAAAUGCAAGAUUGGCAGCCAGUGAUGUCAGUAGAACGUUGAGAAUACUUCAAGAAGCGAAUAAUAGCUAUAUUUCGGUAGAGACAAGUAUAGAGAAACAGAUAAACAUUGAAGAGUUCCUGCCGGAUCAGAUGGUUAAUGAUGACGGAAUAUUGAAAUGUGCUUUAAGAGUCAAGAGCGAAGUUCUCUCUAUCGCUUCGUCAUUGAAGUUAAAUCACCCAUCUGUCUAUCUCGUAACAAAUGAUAAUGUUCUCUCCAACAAAGCAAUGGCUCAUGGCCUCACCGUGGAAACUAUUGAAUCAUUCUUGGACAAAAUUUACAGACGCGAAAAGCCAGAAGAGCUUCCAGCAACAAAGAAGAAGAAUGGUCGAAAAUCGUCUAAUCAUGCUGCGAGAUCUUAUUCUGACAAUAAACCACAGUUCACACAACAUGAAGUAUCGAUUAAAAAGCUCGAAGCGAUAGAAAGUGUUCAAAAGACACGAGGAGUCAUUGGAUGGAUUCAGAAAUUGGCGAGAAAUGUUCCUGAACGUUCAGGAGUUGAACGAGAAACGGUUCAGAAGGUCAUUGAAAAGGCUGAACCAAGAAAAUCACGUCCAUCGAUACCGUUGGAAGACGAAAUAAUCACUUCAUCGGUACAUUCUGCCAAACCUAUGAGAAUACAUAAUCACUCGAGUAGCACAUAUCAAAGCAAGAAACCUGUAAAAUCAAUAGAAACCAGUAGAACUCGCCCAGCAAUGCCAUUGUCCCUAUCCGAUGACGAGGAUGUUUUGGGCGACCAAAUGGAUUGCACCUAA